CGAUGAUUAGCCGACGGGUAGCAGAGCCCGUUUACUAUUGUUUAAAGCUAAAGCUCCUGCCCAAAUUUAGUAAUUCAAUCUUUUCAAAGUCAUUGGCAUCGCGUCCCUCGCCUUAGGCUUUGCUGGUUUUUUCCGCGUCCCGAGCAAUGGCUUCUCAUCCACUGAAAUCACUGCUCCAGUUGCAAUUAGCCUCGGAUUCGUCUUCAGUUUUACACCUGUCAUCUGUGUUGUCAACUUUAUCAGAGGACAUCUUGUCCCCUUCCCCUCAUCUUCAGAAAUGGACAUCCCGGGUGACUGCCUUGAUUCAUUCAAAAGAUGCCGGAGCUCGGUGGGCUGGCAUAUGCAUUGCAUAUCGUACUUCAUCGCUAUCAAAGUCUACGAUGACAGAGUUUGCGCAGAGCUGGGCAGGACUCGCGCUGUCCAUCCUUACAAAACCCGAACCUCUGCCACUGCUUAAGGCGUCAAUAAGAUAUCUUCGGCAUGUCCUCAGUGCAGCAACCGACGUGCCAGAGCUCCAAAGGCAACUAGCCACUCCUACCGUUCCAAAAUUUAGCCAGGCGCUGGUAUCUAUCGUCGAAAGGGCUGCAGAUUACGAGCUAAAAGCUCUAGCGAUGGACACAUUGAAGGAUAUGGUUGUUCUGUAUCCUUCAUUGAAUAGAGCCUUGAGUUCCUCUAUCACAAAUGUGUGUCAUCAAAUACUCAAUGGAUCUGCACCGCAACGCACGAAUAAAUUGCUGCUGUACAAAGCGGCGAGCCUGUACGCCGUUCUUCAUUAUACCGGGGGCAAGGUUGGGGCCGCAAAUCUGUGGAAGAAGUCUGUAGAUGAGACCCUUCAGUGUCUCUGGACUGCGUCGAUGGGUCUUAGAACGACAUUUCCAGUGAAGAACAACCCCUCACCCUCCAAUGGACUAACAUGUGAUGAUCCAGUGCUAGCUGUCGCCCUCAAUCUUGAUAGAUUACAAUGCUGUGCUACUGCGCUUUGCAGUUUACUAAGGACGACCGUUCAAAGACCAGUCCAUGUGCCCAUAGGACGUAUAAUGGAGUUCUGUCUAUUCCUGCUAGCUUGUACCGCUGAAGAAGAGAAAGAAGGCCACGUUGACGCAACAGUCAGAGCCUUGGAACUUGCUAUUGUGCCUGAGCUGCAGAGUUCUGCUUGUGAUCUGCUCUGUUGCCUGGCAAAGACCGUUCAGCAUCGACUGACACCGUACGUGUCCCGACUAGUUGCUAUGAUAACAUACCACCUCGAACAAAACCCUCUACCAGAGCGGCGAUGUUCAUUGCUCCAGUGCAUCCAAGCUUUACUGAGCAAUAGCUUCCCUACCAGCGGCGAGCUUAGUUCCACGAGGCUCGUCAAAGGCGUCAUGCUUUCUCUCAUGCCGCUGCUGUCAACACAGUUUGAUGCACAUACAGGCGAAAUGAGUUCUGGACAGAGCAAAAAAGGCAGGAAACGUAGACGAGAUUACGAAGGCGAUGAAGUAUUUAAACUAUCAAAAGAUGUCAUUUGUUCAUCGAUCGCCGAGGGAAAGGUUAUUCUUUGUGCUCUAGAUGCUCUGCAAGUUACAAUGCGAGGCGCUGAGUUGCCAUCCGCCAUCCGCUCUGUGGCCUGCCGUGUCAUGUUAUCCUUGUCACUAUCAUUGACAGCUAUGUCGCGCUCCUCUUUAUCCCAAGACGUUCAUCUGCACAGUUUAGUACUUGCAAAAGUGAACGGAAUGUGUCUAGAGCUUGCUCGAGGGACGACAAGUGCGAUGAGCAGAAGCCUUGGCUUGGUCCUCAGAUCAACUGUAACGGAAGGCAAUGAACACACUAUGCAGAUAAAACUGCAAUUACAACAAGAAGCUGACCUUCUUCUUCAUCCUCGCGGUCCACCACUAGUCCGCCCGCUGCCUCAUGUGGAAGCACUAUCUCUAUUUCGCGCGGAGGAAAACAACGAAGAGCUUGCUGCUCGUAGAUCACUUGCCUUGGCUACAACAUAUGAUGCAAAUAUCAUGGAUGUCGUGGCAGAUCCCAACUGCAGUGACCCCGACACCCGAACCAACCCCUCAGCCCGUACCGACGCCUUUACCCAUACCAACACCAAAAAUCACAGCUCCUGAACCAAUCUCGAUAUCAUCUUCAGUGCCAACAAGUCAAAAAAUGACAUCUUCGAUCACGACAGCAUCAACAAAAGAUUCUGCCGACAUCCCUUCAGCGAUAUC